AUGUCGCACCAUCAACAACAAUACGAUAAUAUUGAUAUUCAAAUACGUUCAUCUUAUGAACGAUUUCUUGAAUUCGAACGUUUAAUGAAGAUGUAUCCACCAUCUUUAUCUCAAAAUUUUAAUCCAACACCACUUGGUUUAUGUGCUUUUGCAUUAACAACAUUUGUUCUUUCAAUGUAUAAUGCAGGUGUAGCUGUACCUGUUACAGCUUCACAUGGUGUUGUUAUGGGUCUUGCUCUUUUUUAUGGUGGUUUAAUUCAACUUCUUGCUGGUUUACUUGAAUUUCGUGUUGGAAAUAAUUUUGGUGCACUUGCAUUUUGUUCUUAUGGUGGUUUUUGGCUUGGACUUGCUUCACUUUAUAUUGGAUCAUUUAAUUUUCUUGGAAAUUAUUCAUUAGAUGUACAAGAAAAAGCUCUUGGUGUUUUUUUUCUUGGAUGGACAAUAUUCACAGCUGCUAUGUUUAUUUCAUCUUUUCGUACUAAUUUAGCUUUAGUAGCAUUAUUCUUUUUUCUAACACUUACUUUUAUUUUACUUACAGCAAGUAAAUUUCAAUUAGGUCAUCUUAAUUUACAACGUGCAGCAGGUGCUUUUGGAAUUUUAACAGCAUCAAUUGCUUGGUAUGCAGCUUUUGCAAGUUUACUCAAACGAGGUGUAAAUUCAUAUUUUUCAUUACCUGUUUAUGAUUUAGCACCACACUCACCAUUAAUCAUUACUAAUGAAUCUUCAACAAAUACUCGUACACAAAAAAUAUAA